AAUAUUCCUGAAAGACUUCACUACACAAAUUCUUCACGGAUUGGCCGCAUAGUUAUAGAACCGGAAGUUGGUUGGGCUGCAUCUUUUUCCGUGUCAUGCACACGAGAGAAACUGCUCGAGACGUAUGCACCUGGCAACAUCAAGUUUAAUUCCUCAUCACAUGGUAUGGACCCUGAUCGAUGGGAAAUGCGUGCAAUGCUGGUAAUGGGUGGGCCGUCGAUAGUACCAGGAAAAAAGAUCAGGGAUAUUCCUGAAAACAUCGAACUUUAUCCUCUAAUGUGUUAUUUGUUGGGAAUAGAGGCAGCUCCGCAUAACUCGACAUCAUCUGUGGUCUAUCAAGCACUUUUGGCCAAAACCACCAAUAUACCUUUGAUGACCUCCUCUUUUACCGUGAGUCUUUCGAUAUUUUUUUCAAAAUUUCCUGGCGCUAACCUACCUGGAUGA